GGUAAAUAUCCAUUCAUAAAGUCUAUUUCAUUUCGCUUUCAGUUCGAAAUAUAAAGAGAAAUCUCGAAUUCAAAAAAAAAAUAAACAUUCGUCCUUGAUUGAUCUCCUAAGAUAGUUUUCUUUGUUUCUUUCUUUCGAUUUCAAGAGCAGUGUAGUUCAUGUCAUUUAAUGGGAUGAUAAUACAAUCAUAUUUCAAUUUCAACACUCAUUGAUUUACUAAAAGGUACGUGUGAAUUAAAAUGAUCAACAUGAUUAAUCUUCAUCUAAUAGGUUCAUAAUAAAAGGAACUGUAAAAUGAGUAUAGGUAGGGUCCAAUACACAUCAAACAUCGGAUAAGUUAGAGGUGUGCGCCCGGGAUUAUUAGAACGAUAUUUCUCGGUCUGUAAUUCAUCUGAAAUGGCCAAUAAAAAAGAGACUCCUUAAGAUCUCUUGCAGCCUCAUAUCUCCUUUCCCGGAUUUAGACGCACGUCUUGCCCUUGCCAUGUUAAUUAAAGAAUAUGGUUCCCAAUUCAAUCGCCUUUAAUGGAUUUAAAUGACGUCUCAAAACGGAUAUUAAAUUUCAGUAGAUUAAACGCCACUUUUUAAAAUUCAUUAAUAUUGGCGGUUACACUCUACCAAGUUUAUUAAAACACCCGCGGACAAUAUAGGUAGUUCGCUGAGCAUAAAGAAGGAUUAAACGUUAAUUCUCGUCUGAAUUAUACAGGGGGCUUAUUGAAACCUUCGUGUAAAACUCCAGGGUCACUCGUGUUGUCUUUGGCCGUUCUUUGGGGUUGCGCUCUGCCCAAAAGGUUAAGAAAGAAGUUGUUGGGAUAGAAAAUAUGUGCACUGUGGUUGACUUCGUUCUGUAUUCAAAACCGGACGAAAGUUGAUAAGUUUUUAUUUCUAUCUCGAGAUGGACUAUUAAUUCAAUUGAAAUAUCUAUGAACCAGAAUGGACAUAACACUGACACCCUUUAAGAGGCGCUAUGUAGAAAACUGGCGUAAAGAUGUACAAAAGCACUUAGAGGAAGGCUCCAUCUGUCGUAUUGUGGUGACACAAAUUAACAGCGACGAUGAAGAAAAUUCAGAAGCCUGUCCUAAACCAACCACACCUCUACCUCCUCCAUCCGGAAACCGAGCGAAGCAAGUCUUGCGAGAAAAAACACCAACGGAGAAAUUAGCUGACAUAGCCGUCAGCAGUUCUCUUCAUAUACAAGCCCUGCCGUCAGUUCGUUUCAUGUACACGAAUGCAAUGGAACAAAAAAAGAAUUCCGAAAAACUAUACGGAGGUAUUCCCGUGAACGGUCGGCAAAAUUUGCGAAAAGAGGUUCAGGAAGUAGUGAAUGUAACGGAAGAUCAAACCGAGGCUAAGCCCCUCGUUAUCGUAGAUCCUCAGCUGAUGACCCCAUUGGAACAUCCGGACCUGAGUACGCAAGAAAACAAAAAACCAAGCAGUAAAGAUGUUCGUUUUCCGAUGAAAAUUACCCCUCUUAAACCUCAGGUGGAAUCGAAAAAAUAUAAUAGAUUGCCAAUAUUCGCCAAAUGUAAAAUUCAAUCAACAGAGAGAAAUAGUUUUGUGGUAUCUAGGUCAAACUUUUUGAAAAAUGGAAAAGCGAAGAAUCAUAGUUUCCUUACGUUACCGGUGAGAUUCCAAGUGCAAGCCCAAACAAAUGACCGUUUGAUUCAAAGUUCCGAAAAUUACAUUCUAAGGGAGAAAUCAAAUUUCACACAAACUCCGAGAAUAGAGUCUCGGAGAUCACCUAGAAAAGUGGACUUUCCUCUCGCGACCCCCCGCGUAGCAUCCAAUACUAUCUGGGCAUGGUAGAGCUGGGAAUAUCAUAUUGACCCACUUCACGAUACAAAUAACAUUCAAGGGUUUCACAAACAGCUUGAUUUUUCAUGUGAAGGACGUGAUUGAUAAUCAUUACGAGCUCUGUAGCAUUUCGUUGGACUUUCGUGGGCCUAUAGAGUUCCAAGCGCCAAAUUCAAACACCUUAGGAUAUAUAAUGAUAUUCAGGAUCCCAGAAGGUCAUAAGGUGUACAUGCCGCCUUAAUGAUUGGACAAUUAUCUACGUCUUUCUUUCAUGUUUAAGUUAUUAAAAAAUAGUCAACU